AUGUGCUUCACGGUAUCUGAAAAUUUUGACAAAAAGAAAGCAGUGGAUAUUGUGUACUUAGAUUUUGCUAAGGUUUUCAAUAAAGUACCGCAUAAACGUUUGGCCUUAAAUUUAGAGACAAGUGGAAUCACAGCAAGCACACUUAAGUGUGUUUCUAACGGGUUACAAGAUAGAUGCCAAAAAAUGACACUAAAUUAUGUGCCGUUGAAGACCACGAUGAAUAUAUUUAAAUUCCAUCAUGCGAUCUGUGAAAAAUAUGCAAAUGAGCUGAGGAUUGACAGAUUUGCAUACCGACAAAUGCGCAGUCAUACAUAUGGGAGCCACCAACAAGAAAAACGUAUUCAAACUAGGAAAACACCACUAAAAAUGUUGAAGAGGAAAAGGGUUAUGAGGCUACUUAAUCCUAGUAUCCCGAGAGCCAGGAACAUAUCAGAAUAUGAUUGCCUGAUAUCAAAAAUGUUCCCAGAAAAGACAGGUCCCAUCAAAAUUCCGAUGCCACUGAAAAUGGCUGUCAAGUACCAAGCAGUGCUCAAUGGAAGCUCCAUGACCUGA